UCUCUCUCUCAGGUUGCUUUGAUCCAGUACUUAUGUUCUUGUCAUACCCAUCAUUGCAACAAGCACUCUUGAGUUGGUGAGAGCCCACAGUUUGAUCGACCAAGUCGGUGAAUUUAAGGCCUGUUGGGUUUCUCUCAGAUUGACCACUCUGCUUCUGCCGCUUCUCACAGAGCCAAAAACCCACAGAAGAAGAAGGAGGUGGAGAGGAGGAAGUAGAAGAAAAUCGACAUGGGUGAGGCUAAAAAGGUCUUCACUUUGGCUGAAGUGUCCGAGCAUAACAAUUCCAAGGACUGUUGGCUCGUAAUUGGUGGAAAAGUUUAUGAUGUGACAAAGUUCCUGGAAGACCAUCCUGGUGGCGAUGAGGUUUUGUUGUCAGCGACAGGGAAAGACGCCACUGAUGAUUUUGAAGAUGUUGCCCAUAGCAGCAGUGCCAGAGCAAUGAUGGACGAGUACCUUCUUGGGGACAUAGACUCUUCGACUAUUCCCACAAAAAGAGCCUACACUCCUCCGAAGCAGCCUUACUACAACCAAGACAAGACGUCAGAGUUCAUCAUAAAGCUCCUCCAGUUCCUCGUUCCGCUCGCGAUCUUGGGUCUGGCUUUCGGCAUCCGCUUCUACACCAAAUCUACCUAAAUUAAAGUCCUGAUGGCAUUAAAGUGUGUCAGAGUUAGACGUUUAAAAAUUAGCUAAAGAACUGUUCUAGUUGCCUUCCCAAAUGGUCCUGAUUUACUGUGGUGUAUUAGUAGUGUUCGCUGUACUUUUCAAUGUUGCUUUCUGUCUCAUUGAAGUAAGAAAAUUACCUUUUCAUAUGAUUUUAUUUUCCUGAUGUGAUGAAUGCGCUCGCUUUUUUGGAUCGGUAAUUUGUAGAGAGAUACAGGUAACUGAAAAUUUUCCUUUCGUAGUGUCUUGUUCAUGCCAAUGUAAGCAGUGCAUGUUAAAUGAUAUCAAGUCCCCAUGAUUUACUCAA